AUGCUACCAGCUCCACCGCUCGCCGCCGCCCGCCGCGCCGCCACAGCUGCCGCGAGUGGCGCCGUCCAUCGGCUCCUCCUCCCAGUACGCUCUCUAUCCUCCUACCCCUCUUCCCCGAGCACUCUCGUACCGCGCCGCCGCUUCGGCCACAUGCCGCAGGAGUGCACGGUCGCGCGCGCCCUCCUACCGCCGGUGGGACGGAACUUUGCGGUGGCAGUGGGGGACGGGGUCCUGGAUGGCGAGGCCCCGUCGCUGGUGGUGGUGUCGUUCUACAGGUUCGCUGAUUUCCCCGACCAUGCUGCAUUCCGGCGGCCGCUUAAGGAGCUCUGCGAGGAGCUGCAUGUUUCAGGUGGCAUUAUCCUUGCACCAGAGGGAAUCAAUGGUAGUAUAUGUGGAACCCCAGUUGCUGUAGACAAAGUCUUAAACUUUAUUCAAGAAGAUGACCGCUUAAAAGGAUUGAGAAUGAUCCAGUCACCUGUUACUCCAGAGGAUGAGGCCUUACAUCAUGGACAUACCAGUCACUCCCCUGUUGGUGCUGGGGAAGAUGCACCAUUCCGGUGGAAUCAUGUCCGUGUCAAAUUGAAAAAGGAGAUAGUGACUUUUGGAGACCCAGGUGUAACGCCAACUAAAAUGGUUGGAAAAUAUGUUAAGCCGAAAGACUGGAAUAACUUGAUUAGUGAUCCGGACACUGUUGUAAUUGAUGUGCGUAACAUGUAUGAGAUACGCAUAGGAAAGUUUAAGAAAGCUGUUGAUCCAUGUACAAACUCAUUCAGAGAGUUUCCUACUUGGGUUGACGAUCAAUUCCAAUUGGUUGAAUCUAACACCCAAGGGUCAGGGGUAGAUGACAGUGGAACUGGUGAACCAGCAGCAGACCUUAAUGCCAGCAAAUUCAAACAGCUACCAAGAGUUGCUAUGUACUGCACUGGUGGUAUCCGAUGUGAGAAGGCAUCAAGCUUUCUCCUCGGCAAGGGCUUUAAAGAGGUUUAUCAUUUGGAAGGUGGGAUAUUGAAGUAUCUGGAGGAAAUCCCAAAGGCUGAAAGUUUGUGGGAGGGUGAAUGCUUUGUGUUUGACAAGCGUGUCUCGGUGGAGCAUGGAUUGGCCCAAGGCACCCACAAACUUUGCUAUGGGUGUAAGCAGCCAGUUAGCGAUGAAGACAUGGAAUCACCUGAAUGGGAGUAUGGUGUCUCUUGCCCGUAUUGCUUCGCAACGAAAUCCGAGGAGGAGAAGGAAAGGGCUAGGGCUCGGCAGCGUCAAUUCAAGACCUGGGGAGUGAUUGGUGGUCCUGAUAAGGGCAGGAGUACAGAAAGGCCUGAUGCUAACAAUGCAGUGGAGUCCAUACAGUUGCCCAAGUCAGUCUAA